GCAUUUCAAACCACAUCUAUACGGCGGUAGAUCAGAUGUGGGAAAUAAGAAAUCUGUGCUGCUAGCUUUCGUUCCACAGCUGUUGCCUCGCUAGGGAUUGUAACGGCUGGAACAGACAGGCAGUCCCUACAGGAUAGAGGAAACGUAGCUAGGCUCCAAACACUUAACGAGAGAAAAGUUUACACUGCUGGGCGCUUUUUUGUUGACCUUAUCCGACGACCAUGUUCUUGUCUAAAUAGCUGUGGUUGAUGUCGAGGAUGGCGGCAGACGUGGAUCAAACACACCCCGAGGAUGAGCGCAAAAUCUCGCCGCAGAAUGGGCACCAAAGUCCCGCUUCUGGGUCCUGGAUCUGCCGGGGGAUGUGGACUCUGCUUUUAAUCGGUGCCGUCCCUCUUCUCGCCUUUGGAAUCAAGUAUUACCAGGAUGCCCAACUCCUCAAACGUCAUGAGGAGAGUAUUCGAACCCUAGGUGCAGAGGGCCUUUUUCUCUUCUCCUCUUUAGAUACUGACCAUGACCUUUAUCUCAGCCCAGAGGAGUUUAAACCCAUUGCAGAGAAACUCACAGGAAUCACACCCCCGGUGGAUUUUGAGGAGGAACUGGCCCAUGACCCAAAUGGAGAGACUUUGACGUUGGAGGCCAAAAUGCAGCCCUUGCUGCUCGACUCCAUGACAAAAAGCAAGGAUGGUUUCCUCGGGGUGUCUCGUAGCUCUCUGAGUGGCCUGCGCUCAUGGAAGAGCCCAGCAGUGCCAGCCUCCUCUUUCACUGCCAGCCAGUUCAGAGCCUUCUUGCCCCCAAAGAACAAGGAUGAAGUGGGAGACACGUGGUGGGUGAUUCCCAGUGAGCUCAACAUCUUCACUGGGUACCUGCCCAACAAUCGCUACCACCCUCCCUCACCAAAGGGCAAAGAGGUUCUCAUCCACUCCUUGUUAAGUAUGUUCCACCCGCGGCCCUUCAUCAAAUCACGUUUUGCCCCUCAGGGCGCAGUCGCCUGCAUUCGUGCCAGCAACGACUUUUAUUACGACAUUUUGUUCAGGAUUCAUGCAGAGUUCCAGCUGAAUGAUGUUCCAGACUUUCCCUUCUGGUUCACCCCAGGGAAGUUCAUUGGAAACAUUGUUCUCUCUAAAGAUGCAUCACAUGUCCGCCACUUUCACCUCUACGUCCCAAGUGACAGGUCUCUGAAUGUGGACAUGGAGUGGCUGUACGGGGCCAGUGAGAGCAGCAACAUGGAGGUGGACAUUGGAUACCUGCCGCAGUUAGAGCUGCAGGCCACGGGCCCGUCCACUCCCUCCAUCAUCAUGGAUGAGGAGGGCAACAUCAUCGACAGUCAAGAUGGCGACAGCGAGCCUAUCCAGUUCGUCUUUGAGGACAUCCAAUGGACCUCUGAGAUCAGUGAGAAAGAAGCCACUCGACGACUGGAGGUCACCCUCUACCCCUUCAAGAAGGUUUCCUACUUGCCCUUCUCAGAAGCCUUUGAGCGAGCAGCAGCAGAGAAUAAACUAGUGCAUUCCAUUCUGCUUUGGGGAGCAUUAGACGACCAGUCCUGCUGAGGUUCGGGGCGAACUCUCCGGGAGACCGUCCUGGAAAGUUCGCCCGUCCUGGCCCUGCUCAACCAGAGCUUCAUAAGCAGCUGGUCUCUAGUCAGAGAGCUGGAGAACAUGCAGGCUGAUGAGCAAAACCCUUUGUUGAGUGAAAAGGCCAAAUUACACCUGGAGAAUUACAACUUCCCUGUGGAGAUGAUGGUGGCACUGCCCAAUGGAACUAUUGUCCACCACAUCAAUGCCAACUUCUUCCUGGACCAGACCGCCAUGAAACCAGAGGAGGAAGAAGCAACAUUCAGCUUCUCUGCUGGGUUUGAGGACCCCUCCACAGCCACUUACAUCAGCUUCCUGAAGGAGGGGUUGGAGAAAGCCAAGCAGUACCUGGCACAGUAAUUAGUGUGUGCGAUAGAGCCUGAGAAACUCAAAACGGAGGAUAUAAUCAUCAUUCCUCUGGGUAAUGAUGCAAGAUAAGGAAAAGCCUCCAAGAAUUACGUAGAGAAGCGUUCUUGUCCAUGUGGCAGCUGAAACACUUUUUCACCUUCUGUCCUUUUUGUUGCUAUUUAUUUAGUCCUCUCCUUUUUAGUCAGUUUUAUACACAAUAUUUACAUUGUGACAAACAGUACAGGGACAUAUUCUCAAGCCUUAUGAUAGUCAGUAUAGUAUAACUGUAUUUUAAUGAGAUACAGUGACAGACAUGUAAACACAUUUAGACUUGCUCUCUGCUUGUAGCUGCUGGUUUAAGGUGAUAUAAAUAUAAACAAACACCCAUCAUAGCACAACGAAACAUACUUCUGCUUUCCUAUCAUUGUGUCGCAUUUCCUACUGCUCAGUAAACCCAGAGACGGGGCCUGUGUUGCCUUAAGUUGUGUUUCAGCAGUUUGUGAAGAUGUUGCCUAAAAGCCCUUUCAGGGCCGGGCGGCGCCUGAUGUUAUUGCUGAGGCCGCUGCAGGGAACACCCUCUCUGACUCAGGGGACUAAAGCAGCAGGAAACAUUGGGCUGUGGUAUAUACAAUUGUUCAUUUAGGUUGUUUUUGUGUUGAACCAAAUGUUGAAUAUUUUGCCAAUUUUCUGUUCUUUGUGGAAUAUGUGACCACACCAAAGAAGAUUGUUUUUUUUAGAUAUGUACAGAGCGGGAACAGCUGUUGAAUUUCAUAUUCAUGUAACUCGAUGGAACCAAAUGGACUUGUCUUUAUUGUUUAAGUGACAGGCAUGUGACACCUUAUGUUGUUUUCCUCUUGCAAGAUCCAGUCAAAAUAUAUUUUCUCUUGUCUUAAGCGUGACAAGAGGAAGUCCUUGAUGUUUGAGAGAAACAACAUGACUAUUGCGACCUACCAUUAGGCUAAUGGUAGGUCCCGAUAAUCUGUUUUCACAAUAUGUCUCAUUUUGAUCUUUUUCAGUCAUACAAAAGGUUUCCUCUUCAGGUCCUUGUCUUAUUUUACUAUGACAUUGAAAAACACAGGGAUCAAGAACACUAGUUUAUAUAGUAACAGUGACAUUUGAUAAAUGUAGUAACAUUAACCUGGAAUGUGACUUUGUGAAAGUAUUGCACUCUCAAGGUCAUACCAAUUCCCCUCCAUGUGAAACAUCUGACUGGUUGGAGUCUUUCACUACCAAUGCCAUUUUUUCAAAGCCUGAAAUAAUAAAAACGUUGUACAAACA